ACAGAUAAACCCAGCCUCGAAGCUUCUUCCCAGCUCAACUGGUUAUUGCUCAGCGCAGCUCUUACUCAUCCCAAUCUAGGUGGAGCUCCUUCCCUCCCUCCCUCCCUCCAUCCCUCCCUCCCUCCCUGCUGUGUCUGUCCCGGCUGAAAAGCUUUUCUCCAACACUGCCCAGGCGUUCGCGGGUCCGGCACGGCCUUUCGGGGAGCUGCAGAGGCUCCAUCGCUCCGUCCCAGCCCAGAGGCCUGUCCUGCGAGCGCUGCCCCGAGCCAUGGUGAAGUACGGCCUCGACUACACCCGCUGCAGGUGGAUCCUGCCCCUGCUCCUGGGCAUCGGAGUCAUCUUCGGGAUCAUCGCCCUGGCGGGCAGGGGCUGGCUGGAGUCGCAGACCUUGCCCUACGUGCAGCAAGCGUCGCUGUGGCAGAACUGCCGGAGGCUGGACCAGGGCGGGGAAUGGAGCUGCGAGUCCCUCAUGGGCUACGCCUGGGGAAGAGCUGCUGCUGCCACAUACCUGGUUGGCUUUCUGCUCCUAGUCAUCUGCUUUGCACUGGCCAUCAUAGCAUUUGCCAUUGACACGCUUCGGUUCAACUUCAUCCGCGGGAUCGGAGGCUUGCUCUUCGUGGCUGCUGUGUUCUCCAUCAUGGGCCUGGUCAUUUAUCCAGUAAAGUUCUCAUCUGAAAUUGAAAUGACAGGAAUCAAUAUGUUCAGCUGGGCCUAUGGCUUUGGAUGGACCACUGCCAUUAUGGAAAUAUGCUUGGGAUUCUUCUUCUGCUGCCUUCCUAAUUAUGAAGAUCAGAUCUUGGGUAAUGUCAAGCCUACAUAUUUUUACUCUUCCCCAUAAGCACCAGGAAAAAAGUGUUCAUAUUCCAGAGAUACCUGACAGACUAGUUAUGUUUUUCAGAAUAUUGUCAGCAGAUGUUAGUAGAAAAGGCUGGAAACUUUGGCACUGGCAUCUGCAAUAAAGUUAUCUUCUCUAUUUUGGACCUUCAUAUCUGAUGUGCGUUGGUUAGAUAAAGCACAAACAUUAAAACCCCUUGAUUUUCCUCAUUGAGUCCCAUGAAUGGGGUUUAUGAGGAUUCCAUUGCAUUUUAAAUACACUCACAAUUGUAAUUAAAUUCAGAAAAACUCACUAAACUAGCAAUAAACAAAACAACUCAUAUCAUCUUCCUGAAGGAAAGCAACUAAAAAAAAGCCAUUUUGUAUGUGUCAUCUUUAACCAGAAGAUUUUGCACAAUUUUCAAAAAGUCAAAUACAUUUACCUGCUGACCGCCUAAGUAGAAAUUAGUCAGCCAGCACUUCAUAGCUUUGCUUCUAUUUUUCAUUCAUUCACUUAAGCCAUAAGGAGAGAGUGAAGAAGGGAUUAAAGCUUCCUACCAGAGCUAGCAUCUUGACUUUUCCUCAUUCAUGUGGAAUGUAUUUAUUUCUAAAUAUUUCAAGAGUAAGCAAGGAACACCAGUAAAGCCUUAAGAAUCCUGGUGUGCCAUUGCUGGUUCCAGUACAGACUGGGCAGAGGCAGAGUAGAUUUCAAGCUAACCCUGCAACCUGCAGACCUGGUUUGAUAAAGCUUCUGGUGUGGCUUUCUUCUCGGGUGUCCUGAGAUUUUUUUUCUGCUGUAUCAAAAUCUAUGAGUUUAAAAUGCUCUGUUAUACUGGUCCAGCUUUUUUAUCCAGUAUAGAAAGGUCAGAUAUGAUUUACCUGCACCUCAGGAGCUGAGCUGGAGCAGUGUGAGUGUAAGUACUGUACAGUUGCUAAAAGGCCCCUUUUUGUUCUGAAGUAUUUUAAAAGUGGAAAAUGUGUACUGUCAUAUGUAACUGUAAAAUGCAUAAAUCCCCAUUACCAUCUCAUACUAAAGCUCUCAUAGAGAAAAUCACAUCAUAAAACAUCUUCCAGAAUCCUAUAUUCCACAGUGCCUCUAGCCUCAAUAAACUGCAGGCAACGAAGUAAACUCAAGACUCUGCUGGUUUCUGCCUUGUUAAACCUAAAUUUAUAACAUUCCAUUUAUUCUCUUAAGUGGAAAAAAAUUGGAUAUGUGAUGUGGAAACCCAGUCUCAUCUAAAUCCUGAACUGCUGUGGUUUAUUGGUUUGUAACAAAUCUGCAAUUUUGUAACUACAUGUACCAUGAAAAGCCCUGCCAAGUGUUUUUUGUUUGAACCAAUUAGAGGUGGAAAAUUUUUUAGUUAGAAGUUCUUGGUACCUAAAAUUAAUAAAGGCACAGGGCUUCACCUGUGUUACUUGAAGGUUUUUGGUUGGUUGGUUGGUUGGUUGGUUGGUUGGUUGUGUGUUUUUUUGAGCAGUUAACUCCAUUCACUUUUAUGGCGUGUCUUCUAACUUUGACCAAUAAGAGUGAGAGAUGGGGAGAGUAUAAACAAUGGGAAGAGUGUAUGCAACAAGGAAUAAUUAGACACUAAGGUUUAAAAAUUUUAAAAAAUGUUUCCCAGCUGGAAGAAAAACAAAGUGAAAUACAGUUGAGAACAAAUUGUAUAAAAUGACUUGCAAUUAUUUGUGUAAUACUAUCCAUUCAGGAGAAAAAACUUAUCAUAAAUAUUUUCAUUAUGCUUAUUACACCUAAUAAAAGAGGGUAUCUAUGUAUUGUUUC